CGCUCCCGCUCCCGCCGCCGCCGCCAUGGGCCGCGCGCGCCGCCGGCACAACUGGAGGGCGCGGGCGGGGGCGCGCGGCGCCGCGCAGGCACGGCCCCGGGAGCAGCCCCCGCCCGCCGAGCUGCAGCUGGGAGAUGGGGCACCGCUGAAGGGAGUUGACGAAAGUAAUGCCCUGGUCCUGCCAGCAAAAAAAGCAAAGCCAAAAAAAGUACCGAGUGCUGUGCAACGCCAGAAGAAACCCCUGAGCAAGAAACAGAAGAAGAACUUGCAGAAGAUUUUAGAGCAGAAGGAGAAGAAGCAGCAGCGAGCCGAACUGCUCAGCAAGCUGAACGAGGUCCAGGCUUCUGAGGCAGAAAUGAAGCUUCUGUACACUACGUCCAAACUGGGCGUUGGGGAACGCAUGUAUCAGGCCAAAAGGGUGGUGCAGGAGCCAGGGAGUGCUGUACCUGAAAAGAUCAGGAGCAUCAGUGGUGCAAACAAGAGAAGACGCAGCUCAGAAUCCGAGCCUGAGGAAGAAUCCAGUAGUGAGGAGGAGGAGAAGGAAGAACAGAAACAAGAAACUGAAAAGUCUUCCACCAGUGAUUUGAAUGCUGCUGAAAAGCCAGAGGAAGGCACGAAGAAGCCAGUGGCUAACCAGCAGGCUGUUCCUACUGCCCCGGUUUGCCAGACAGCGUCCAACAAACCGUCUUGCAAGCCUGUGAUUUUCGUUCCAGUGGACAGGUCUCCUGAGAUUCAGGAAGCAAGACUAAAGCUGCCAAUCUUAGCUGAAGAGCAAGUAAUCAUGGAAGCCAUUAAUGAGAAUCCCAUUGUCGUCAUAUGUGGAGAGACGGGAAGUGGUAAAACCACACAAGUACCCCAGUUUCUCUAUGAGGCUGGUUAUACCAGUUCAAAUGGUGUCAUUGGGAUCACCGAGCCUCGGCGUGUGGCUGCAGUGUCCAUGUCUCAGCGAGUCGCUAAGGAAAUGAACUUGUCCCACAGAGUGGUUUCAUAUCAAAUACGAUAUGAAGGAAAUGUUACAGAUGAAACACAAAUCAAGUUCAUGACAGAUGGCGUGCUGCUGAAAGAAAUUCAGAAGGAUUUUCUGCUUUCAAAGUACAAGGUGGUUAUUAUUGAUGAAGCCCACGAAAGAAGUAUGUACACGGAUAUCUUGAUAGGCCUCUUGUCUCGCAUUGUGCCUCUUCGUGAGAAGAAAGGGCUGCCACUGAAGCUGAUCAUCAUGUCAGCUACCCUUCGCGUUGAAGAUUUCACGGAGAACAACAGGCUGUUUUCUGUUACGCCUCCUGUUAUUCAGGUAGAUGCAAGGCAAUUCCCUGUAACUGUCCAUUUUAACAAGAAAACCCCCCUAGAUGACUACAGUGGGGAAUGCUUCAGAAAAGUGUGUAAAAUCCAUCGUAUGUUACCCUCAGGUGGGAUUUUGGUGUUUUUAACAGGCCAGGCAGAAGUUCACUCUCUCUGUAGGAGGCUGAGGAAAGCCUUUCCCUUCCAAAAAAACAGUAGUGCAGGAGUUGUUGAUGACAAAGAAGAAUCAGUGGAAGAAAUCAGAAAAUUUAAGAAAUCGAGGAAGCGGAAGAAAACUACGGCACUUCCCCAGAUUGAUCUGGACAAUUACUCUGUUGUACCAGUGGAUGAAGGAGAUGAAGAUAGAGAUGCUGAAACUGAUGAUGAUAUUGCAGGAUCUGAUGUUGACCUUGAUUUAGGAGAUGGAGACUCGGAAGAAGAUGAGAAACCAGAUUCAUCGCUUCCACUCUAUGUGCUCCCUCUCUAUUCUUUAUUAGCACCAGAGAAACAAGCAAAGGUGUUCAGGCCUCCUCCUCCUGGCACGAGACUCUGUGUUGUAGCCACCAACGUAGCAGAAACAUCGCUCACUAUCCCGGGCAUCAAAUACGUGGUUGACUGCGGAAAAGUCAAGAAACGUUUCUAUGACAAAAUUACUGGGGUUUCGUCUUUCAGAGUCACCUGGAUAUCUCAAGCUUCAGCUAACCAGCGGGCAGGUCGGGCUGGCCGGACUGAACCGGGGCACUGUUACAGGUUAUAUUCUUCAGCAGUCUUCAUGGACUUUGAGAAAUUUUCCGCUCCAGAGAUAACAAAUCGACCAGUGGAAGACUUGAUUCUGCAAAUGAAGGCACUGAAUAUCGAAAAGGUAAUCAACUUCCCGUUCCCAACACCACCUCCAGCGGAAGCACUUGCAGCAGCUGAGGAGUUACUGAUAGCCCUGGGUGCCCUGAAGGAGCCCCCUCUGACAGGAAGGCUAAAGGAACAGCAGGCAGCAAAGCUGAGUUGCCCUAUUAGUCCCCUGGGUAGAGUAAUGGCAACUUUUCCUGUAGCCCCCCGCUAUGCAAAGAUGCUGGCAUUAAGCAAGCAGCAUGACUGCCUGCCUUACACCAUUACCAUAGUGUCUGCAAUGACCGUUCGGGAGCUUUUUGAAGAGUUUGACAGGCCAGCAGUGAGCGAGGAAGAGACAGCAAAGCUGAAGGGGAAGAAAGCAAGGCUUUUACAGAUUCAGAAGAUCUGGGCUGGGCAAGGGGCAUUGCAAAAGCUUGGAGACCUCAUGGUGAUGUUAGGAGCAGUGGGGGCCUGUGAAUAUGCUGGGUGUACUCCUAAGUUCUGUGAAGAAAACGGGCUCCGAUACAAAGCCAUGCUGGAAGUCAGGCGCUUGAGAGGGCAGCUAACAACAGCAGUGAACUCAGUCUGCGCUGAUACCGGCCUCUAUGUUGAUCCAAAGAUGAAGCCCCCAACAGAAGUUCAAGCAACUUACUUGAGACAGAUUGUGUUAGCAGGGCUGGGGGACCACCUUGCCCGAAGGGUUCAGGCAGAAGAUCUCCUGGAUGAAAAGUGGAAGAAUGCCUACAAGACUGCUCUUCUGGACGACCCAGUGUUCAUCCAUCCAAGCUCUGUCCUCUUCAAGCAACUCCCGGAGUUUGUGGUGUACCAAGAAAUUGUUGAGACUACAAAACUGUAUAUGAGAGGUGUGUCUGCAGUUGAACCCGAGUGGAUUCCUGCCCUGUUGCCGCCAUACUGCCACUUUGGGAAGCCUCUGGAAAAUCCUCCUCCAUCUUACUGCCCUGAAACGGGCAGGAUUCGAUGCCACAGGCCAAGUGUCUUUUAUCGAGUUAGCUGGAAGCUCCCUGCUGUGGAAGUUGAUUAUCCAGAAGGUAUCGAUCGCUAUAAAUACUUUGCCAGGUUCCUGCUUGAAGGAGAGGUCAUUGAAAAGUUGGGUUCUUAUAAGCAGUGUCUGCUCUCCAGUCCUCUCAUAAUGCUGAAGACAUGGUCCAAACUUCAGCCCAGGACAGAAGCCCUCCUGCAGGCUCUAGUUGCUGAAAAAUGUGAUAAUCGUGAUGCUUUACUGGAUGCAUGGAAGAAAAAUCCGAAGUAUUUGCUCGCAGCCUAUUGUCAGUGGCUCCCCGAAGCUAUGCAUGAUGAUCUAGCCAAGAACUGGCCACCAGUACAGUAGCACUGUGAAGUGCCCGAGUCUGUUCCUGGGGGACUCCUUUUCUCUGAGGUGUUUUGAGAGCUUGGGCUCCCUUGGAAAUCUGAUGAUGCAAAUACACUUGGUAACUGCUAGCAAUACCUUUUCAUAAGUGAACCAGCUGUUAGCUCUGUUUUUUUUGGGAAGCCCACUGUGUUCUCAGAAGCCCUACCAGCUCUUUCACUGGUAUUUUGUAAUAUUAAUGUUUGGAUAAUUUUAUCCAUUGUAUUUUGCCAAUCGUUUGCUAAAGUUUCUCUUUGGACUACAUUAGUCAUACGGACUACAAUAAAUAUGUAUCAUUCUUG